UUGAUAACACUGUCAUUGGACUCAACCUGAAUGAAAAAAAAACCAUGAUUCUACAUAACCAGUGUUCAUGCACGCCUGGUCGUUAAGAAGGGAUUGGGAUAUGUAGAGAAAAUAACAAGUGGAGCCACUGUAAUGUUGUACCUCUGAUGCAGUUGUGUAUUGGUGACAGUCCAGCAACAUGUUAGAGGGCCUGGCUGCAUGGGUGCUCAACACCUAUGUGGGGGAGUACGUGGAGAACCUCAACACGGACCAGCUGUCCAUCGCUCUGCUGCAAGGAGCUGUUGAACUUGAGAAUUUGCCUUUGAAAAAAGAUGCCUUGAAAAGCCUUGACAUUCCUCUGGAAGUAAAAUCAGGUCUGAUUGGGAAGAUCACCUUGCAGAUCCCGCUAAGUCGACUAAGAAGUGAACCGUGGGUCAUCUCCAUAGAGAAACUCUACCUGGUUGCAGGGCCGCUUACUGACAUCAAGUACGACCAUGAGAAGGAGAAGGAGACUGAGAGGAGUGCCAAGGCAGACAUGUUGGAUGCUCUGGAGGCCAAGUGGCAGGUUCAACGACAAGGGAAACAACAGGACUAUGCCUCGUCUUCUUCUUCCUGGUUCUCGUACGGGGCGUCCAUGGCUGCCAACAUCCUGGAGAAUAUUCAGCUACAUGUGAAGGAUGUACAUAUCCGCUAUGAAGACGAGUACCUCAACCCGUCCUGUCCCUUUGCUUGUGGUGUCACCAUCAAGAACCUCAGUGCACAGAGCACAGACAGGAGCUGGUUGUCCAAGUUUGUGAGCAGCUCAGACAGUGACACAAUGUUCAAGCUGGCCGACCUACAGGAUUUCUCUGUGUACUGUGAUACCAACGCCUCCAUGCUGGGGGACCUCUCCAUGUCCGACCUUGCAGAUGCCCUCCAGCGUGGCAUGUUUGUAUCGACUGCCGAUGGCAACUUCCACGACCACGAGUACAUGUUAAACCCAGUGAGUGCCCAGGCCCAGAUCAAACGCCGGACCACCACCCUCCCCCUCCGGUCAGCCUCCGACCCCAGGAUCAGCGUGGACAUCACCCUGGACAACACCGCCUUCCAGCUGAGCACAGAGCAGUAUCAGAGUCUCUUGCUGUGGCAGAGUGAGUUUGAGCGGCACGGCGUGAGGAGACAACACCGGAAGUGGAGGCCAGCCGAAACCGUCAAAAAUAGUCCCAGGAAAUGGUGGACGUUUGCCAUCGACUGCCAUCUGUCCAAGAUCCAGGAUCGAAACAAGCGCCACACGAAGGCCUUCAUGUUGGAGAGGGCUGGCAAGGCAAUAGCAUACACCAAGGCCUACACCGCUGUAUUGACUGAAGACAACCCAGGGCCUGGAGUCAAGACCUCGUUGGAAGAUCUGGAAGAAGAACUUGGUUUUGAUGAGCUGAAGGUUCUAAGAGAACUGAUCCUGUCCAAGUUGCGCUCAGAAAACAGACUGCCAAGGAAAAGCCCCUCCUCAGUUGACCAGUCCACUCCGAGUCCUACAGGAGAGCAUCGGCAGGGACUGUUCCAACGCUGGUUCCCGGGUUGGUCAGGGUGGUACCAAGCGGCAGAUCCACAGACAGAGGUGGCUGGUAGCAGUGAUGACACACAGGGGGAGUCCGAUGUUGACGUGCCCGCAGAGGCAGUUGGGCAGGCAGAGCUGGAGCAAGAAAUACUGGAUGUUAUCCUUGAUUCCACUGAGAACACCUCGUUGCUGCGUAAAGACACCGUGUUUGCCAGCAUGACCUUCUCCCUGUCCAAAGGGUCCUUUGAACUGGUGGAGAGCAGAGGACCACACAAAGGUGCAAGUCCUCUAGCUGAGCUCCAGUGUUCCACCAUCAAUAUGGAAUUUGAGUCUCGCCCACGUACCAGCGCUAUGAAGUUCAAGUUAGCCGUGGGCAGUCUACAUCUCCAAGACAAGACCACACACAACUCUGUGUUCCCUUACAUCGUCUCUCCACAAUCACAGGAAUCCAUCGGCCACUCCCCGAGUCCCCUACCUCGUCCCAGAACAGCAGAGAGACUGUCACCCAGGCCAUCGCUGCAAGACACACAGGAGUGGAAGUUCUUCGAGCUUUCAUACGAAAAGCACCCUCCCUCUAGCUUCUUUAGAUACAAAACCAGCAUCAAGACACGGCCUCUGGACAUCGUAUACUCUCCAGCAUUCAUCAAGCAAGUGAACGGAUUCUUUUCCUCCCCCGUCAGUCGAGCACAGAAGGCACGGAGAUCCAGAGCCUCAGCGUGGAAAUUUGAAGCCCUGAAGAAGAAAUCCCCAGAGCAGUUCAUGGAAACAUUAGAUCAACUUCUUGAAGCAGAGGGUGUAAAGACACGCUGGGACAUUAAACUGGAUAUCUCUGCCCCAAAGUUGAUCAUCCCGGAGCGCUACGCGGACCCCACCAGCCCCAUGGUGGUGAUAGACCUGGGUCGGCUGUAUCUCCAGACCUGCACCAGCAGCAGCAUCUCGCACACCGACUCCAAGACCAUGCUGCAUACAGACGGACAUGAGGAGAAUGAUGAUGACUUCCACACGCCACUGACCACCCCGCCCAACGAGUCCGCCCUCGACGACCCCCCUCUGAGGUCAGUGUCCUCGUCUAACCUGCUGACCCGAGAGACCUCGGCGACCUCCGUCACGGGGGUGUCAUCCACUGCAGUCAUGGACCAUCUGUAUGAGAGAUACAAGCUGGACCUGACAGACAUGCAAGUGCUGCUGGGCCGACCUCAAGACAACUGGCGCCACGCCUACUUAAGGGGCAACAGUCGCAUGCACAUCCUCGACAAGUUUAGCAUCUCCCUACAGCUGGAGAGACGUCUGAUCGUGACGGCAGACCCACAGUGGGCCAAGAUGAAGCUGUCCGGCACUCUUCCAUCCCUCACCUUCCAUCUCAAUGAAAGAAAGAUCCAUGCCGUCAACACCUCCGUGGACAUUGUGUCGAGGGGUAGCUCCGGUUCCUCCCUCCAGACAGUCACUGACAACAUGUCAAUGUCCAGUGUUGAGUCGGACCUGGCACAGCAGUCACUGGCAUCGGUCAGUGAGACUGUGAUGAAGAAAGGCAAGGAGGAGAUAGACAACAAGCUGGUGGUGCUGCAGUUCCUCAUCCACAACCUCUCCGUGGAGAUCCAGAGUCAGGGUCAAGCUCUAGCCGAGUUCCGAGUGACCGAUGUGCAGGCUGAUGUGUCCAAGAAGUCCCAAAACACCUCCCUCAAGCUCACGGUCCACAGCCUCCUUGUGGUGGAUGCUCUGCAGAGCUACGGACCAGACUUCGAGCUGCUCAUUGCAUCACACAAACAUCUUGUACUAGACACUCGUAGUGGGAGUAUCCGUGGAUCUGACGCUGGGUCUCCCCUGUCCCCCGCAUCCCCCACCUCCCCCGGCUCACCAGGGAUGGAGGGUGCUAGUUCCCCCAUGGCAUCGGGCUCCUUCCAGAGCGGUAGUUUCCAGUCCAUCCAGGAAGCCAUAUCUUCCGCAUUCCAGGUGUUCGCAGGACCAAGCUCGCCCCAGUCACUGAAUCCCGGAGAGGAUGUAAACGGUCCCUCCUUCACCAGUCUGGGGCAGAGCUCCGAGGCCCUCAUCAUCAUGGAGUACGAGCAGAUCAUAGACCCCGGACCGGAGGGGGACAAGACAGUUGAUGGAGGCAUGCAGAUACUCAACCUCCAGUUCAACAGUCUGGAUUUCAUAGCUAACCAAGAGACCAUUGUAGAGAUUCUCAGUUUCCUGAAGAGAGCAUUCCCCUCCUCCAGCGACAAGCAGUCCUCCCGACCUCCUCAGGACAGGCGCCCAUCCAGACGCCAAGACUCCAUCAUUUUUCAGCCCAAGAAGGACAAGGUGAUGGUGACAGCUGACUUCAAGAGGCUGAACAUCCUGCUGCCUCGCUUCAGUGAGAAGGAAGGGCGUAAGGUUGGGAAGAAGGUUGCCACAGCAACCAUGUCAACAGCCAAGAUAGAGGCAUGUCUCGACGACAGUUGGCAGAUAGAGGGCAGUCUUGGCGGUCUCCACUUGACCGAUGUCACCCCAGAGGGCAGUCUCUAUCAGCAGGUGUUCAGCGUCGGGGAAAGCCAGCUUGACCAGUCAGAGGCACUCAUUUCUCCACGCACCAUUCCAUGCGCUAUGUACCAGACCGCUCGAGAUGAAGCCGUGUUCACUGAUACUGUUCAUGCUAAGAGUAGCUCAAAGAAGGCUUUUUCUUUCAAUGUGAAAAAAACGUUACUCGAAGGAGCCCGAGAUGGUACUUUUGGGCAAGCUCUCCCAGAAUCGGAUGAAGUCUACGCUGACUUCAGCAUGGCAUCUGUUUAUUAUACACAUUCACCUCAGUUCCUCAAUGAGCUGAUGGACUGUAUGUCAGAAUUCAAGGAUUACAUGUCUGACUUUGCCUCCUCUAUUGGCAAGGCCGCAACAGAAGUAGCCAUGGGUCUGGUUAGCGGUCGAGUUGAACGUGAAGCGCAUGACCUCAGCACCUGCACUCUCAACAGAGACGUAUCUCUAGGGGAUUUGACAGACACUGUGUUGUUAGACAAUACUUUUGGGUCUGUCACUGAUCUGUCUAGUCAGAGAGGGUCUUGUUUGAAGUUUACAGCCCGCAUGGAGACUCCUAUUAUAGCCCUUCCACGAACACCCACAAGCUACCAGGUCCUUCUGGCUCACCUCGGUGAGAUCACCGUGUCCAACUCUAGUCUCACCGAGUCCAGCUCAGCAUCAACGAUACAUGACUCUAUGGACCAUAGCGAAGAGGUGCACAUAUCCCUGAGAAACAUGAACCUGUAUUCUCUGGAUCUGGAGAAAUACAAUACUCAAGUAGGGCAGAGCAUAUCCGCAACACUCAUGGGGAAGUCCUACUACAGUCUUUCAUAUGAACUCGGUGUGCCCAUUUUGUAUGACACAGCUGUUGAUUUAGUGAUUGCCAAAGAAACAACUGAAGUGCCUAUCAUCAACCCUGAGGUUACAAAUGACGACUUCCCACCCAGGACUCCUCAAAAGUCGGUGCAACCAGCCCAAAUAAGCAAUGUGUUAAAUGUGUGUGCCAAAAUCACGCCGGCGGUGAAGUUGGUGUUGUCGAAGGAGGUGUAUGAGCAGAUACUGCAGACUCUAGACAACCUGACGUACAGUGAGGAUGACUUUGCUCCUGAUGCAUCUGAUGAUUCCACCUCGGGAGGACCUGCAGCAGAUGCAGCAGCUGAAGGACACUCUGAAUCUCAAACAAACCUGGCUAUGCAAGAGUCCACUUUACAGGAGGGAUUUCUCGCAAAGCAUUUCCAUUUUGAAGUUCCUCUAUUCGAGGUUGAACUGAGGGGGGAUUUCGGGGAGGGGGAACAAGGAUUGGUUGAUCUCAAGCUGACUGACUUUUCAAUGAAUUAUGCCAAAGAUAAUAAAGUUGUGACAGAGAUGCAACUCAGACUGAAAUCUCUCUCAAUGGAUGAUUUGUUAGAAUCCGAGAAAUCGGCUCAUAGACAAAUCAUGGUUUCUCGUAGUUCACAUAAAGAAGCUGAUGUUGAUGAUGCGAAACCCAAAACAUUCCUGUCGACAUCAUGUCCCGACAGUACCAUCAUUGCUCCAGUGCCUCUCAUGCCAGCAUCCUUGCCAUCCAGCUUCCACGAGAAGACCCUGAAGCCCACAUCGAAGAAACAAACCACAGCAUUCUACAUUGGUUUCGUCCAGAACCAGAGAACACGGGGGAAGGACAGAGAGAUGUUCCCCCAGACACCGCCACCAUCCCCAACCCUCCGUGACAUCCUGGACCCAGAGGACCCCCCCAUAGAGGACCUCGUCCACAUCGAUGUUGUGCUUGUUGACAAGAAGUCCCCAGACUAUACAACUAAAUAUAACAAGACAAACCGCUUCAUCGAUGUCAACUUCAGCAGCCUGGAGAUGACAAUCAACCUGCAGACAUGGGUGGUCCUCCUUGAUUUCCUGGGGAUGGGGGCCAAGGUCCACGAAACCGAGUCCGACACUUCCGUCCUUGAUCCUACGUCUGACGGGGACAGCACCCUCAACUCACCCGAGACAGAGGAGGUUGUAAACCAGGAAAUCAACUUUGCCGUGGAGAGCUUCACCCUCAUCCUCAACAAGCCGGAGUACGAGCUGGCCCAGGUGUCCAUGACCAGUCUCCACUCCCACAUCAGCAAGCGGGACUUCAACAUGUCCUGCCGGGGUCAGCUGGGCAGCCUGACCCUCUCUGACCACUCACCCCACGGGAAGCUCUACCAGCAGAGGUUCGUCACACUGGGCAGACAGGCACUGGAGUUUGAUUUCUUCAAGUAUGGUUUCCCUGACGACCAGCUGCAGAGGGAGUAUGAUAUCUACUUGAAGCUGCGGAUGUCGUCGCUACGGUACAUCCACACCAACCGCUUCCAGUCGGAGGUCCUGGCGUUCUGCCAGCACUUCCUACAGCUGCAGGACGUCCUGGGCAGGAUGAGAGCAGCUUCAGCUGGACAAAAGAUAAGUGAAUCUGCUUCUCGAGGAUCCCGAAUCAAGCUUGACAUUGAAGCUGGAUCACCCAUUCUGCUCAUACCGCACAGCUCAAAAACUGACGACAUUCUUGUUGCUGAUCUCGGAACACUCCGAGUUGUCAACACGUUUCUCGUAGACGGAGCCGAAGGCACAAACAGAUUUGACAAGAAGGGUAAACUGGAACCUGCCAAAUCUAAAAGUGACACCGAUGCUCAAGAUCGCCGGAAAGGCUUCCAGGAAAAAUCAGGCGUAGUUCAUCGCGCAAUGACGGACAGCAUGUUCAGCGAGUACUUCGCUCCACAGUCUUCAAGUGACCCCAUGUCCCAAAGCAUCUAUGGCAGCCUGGACUACGACCUGAGAGAACACGAGCCAGCCACCCUGGACGAGAGAGUGUACAUGGUGCACGAUGUAGCUGACAUCAAGUCCCCGGAGAAGGAGGGGUCGAGUGUUGAUCCCAUUGCUGCGGGAGUACAGGCAGCUGCCAGCAUCAAGAGGCCGUUCAGCGACACCCAGCUCAACCUGGCCCAGAAGAAGAACGGUGCCAGCUCCCCCCAGUCCCCCGAGGCUCAUAUGUGUAUGUUAGAUGUGUGGUCCCUCAGUCUCAAGGACAUGGACCUGUUCACAGCCAAGCGGGUCAGCAAGAGGAAUUACAGAGGCAACAACCUGGUCAGGGAUAUGGAGUUCUCAACGUAUGUGGUUCAGAUGGAGCCAGGGAAUAUUCUGCGUGAGAAGUGUCAGUUAGUUCUGCAUGUGGAGAGGAACCUAGAGUGUGACAUCAGCCAUAGUGCCCCGGACUGGCAGGUCAACGGCAAGCUGUCCUCCAUUUACUGUCACCUUGACCUUGCCCAGUACAAGCUGGUGCGGGGGAUCCUGGGGCACAACCUGGGGGAGCAGGUGGAACAGUUCCGCACUCCCAUGAUGACACACCUGCAGGACCCCAAAAUACAGACUGUGUUGAGCGGUGAUGUGUACAAGUGUAUCAGCAUGAUGGUAGACCUGCACAACGUCAGCGUGGAGCUGCUGAUGACCCACGACCAGGGACCGAGCUGUCCGGAGGUGUCCCUGGCCAAGAUGGACUUCAUACACUCACAGCUGUCCUACGAGAGCUUCUCUGACAACACCAAGGACAUCGACCUUGUUUCACACGAGAUUGUUGUUGUAGAUACAAGGUUCAAAACACAGCCGAUGAACGCGCGCCCGAACGUGUUUGUGUCUGUGUUACAACCGUCCGCGGACCGCUGGAAGAAGGACGGGCUCCAGAUGGAGCUCCACUACCGCUCCAGUCCCGUGGGCACCCAGUUCACUGUACUCCUUAACAACAUGAAGCUCAUGUGUAUCUUCGACUGGCUGCUCAGUGUGCAGGAGUUCCUGCUCACGGAUGCUGAGAACCCGUUCAAAGAAGAGCCACAGACCGAGGUGAAGACGGAGAGCCUGGGAGGGAUGAAGAAGAGGGGGAUGGGCCGUACAUCCUCCCCCCUCACUGUGUCACGGGGCAUCAUGACAAGAAGGGGGCCCUUCGUAGAGGAGGUGAAUGUACCCUUUGAGCUGAAGCUGAACAUCACAGACACCCAGUUUGUCGUUGUUGAGGAUGCAACCACCAUCGACACCAAUGCAGUCAUUCUCAAGACUACGGCUGUCCUGAUGUACAAGCCUCAGGCCCGAGACAAGGUGUUGCGGUGUAGUCUGCAGAGCAUUGAGGUCUUCUCCUGCUGUCUCAUGUCCGAGGAGGACACGUCACUGUCCAUUGUGGACCCCAUGACCAUCAGCAUCGAGAUGAACGCCAACCCUCUCCCCGAUCUCCGACCCAACCCCUUGGGUGGGCUUCUUGAUGUCAAGGAGGCAGAUCAGAGACAACUCUUACUGGAGGUAAACUUCAACACAAUGACAAUCCGUGUGUCGUACCAUGACAUGAUGCUGUUUCUCUCCAUCCUCAACUCCCUGCCACAGCAGGCCCUCCAGGCCAAGCAGAGGCACAACCAGUAUACCGGCACAACACUGCAACAUGAGGAGAUGCUGAAGAAGCUGAGUGAGCUGGGUUUCAGCCACAAGGACUGUGAGAAGGCUCUGUCAGAGUGUGAUGGCAGCCAGGAGGCUGCUGCUCUGUGGCUGGCAAAGAAUGCCACACCUGUCCCACAGAACCACAAGCAGAACUUCGCCAUCACAUCAGCCGAGCUGAAGGCAGUGUCUGUGUGUCUGUGUCUGAUAGAUGACUGUGGAGAUGCUGACGUCCCCCUGGCUGAGAUCUCCUUCAGCGGUAUCCAUUUCAACCAGACGAUGGAGCCCAACAUUGAAGGUAAAGCGAUAUUCCAGAUGACCGGAGAGUACUACAACCGCAGCCUGUCUGGCUGGGAGCCCUUCCUGGAGACAUGGAGGUGUCUAGCAGAGUGGAAGCAGUUUAAAGAACCAGAAGAAAAGAUGUCUUUCCAGAUUUCAACCAAUGAGGUGCUGAAUGUGAAUCUGACCAGCACUCUCCUGGAACAGUAUCACCUGACCAAGGGCAACUGGACGGAAGACUACCUGAAGGACAACAGAGACAGUAUGAAGUCCCAAGUAAAGGAUUCUGUCAGUCCUAGUUCACUACCAUCCUCCAAACUACUCCGUCGACGCCUUCCAUUCAUCCCGUACACCAUCCGCAACGACACAGGCUGCGACCUGUGGUACAUCACUGCCAUCUCGUCUCCAUCAAAUGAACCGGGUAUGAACGACACGGGGAAUGUCCAGUCGUAUGACAAUGCCUACAUUCAGGCCUCCGAUUGGAAGCGGGUCACAACUGGAGAGUCCAAACCAUUUUACUUCCAUCGCAGAGAAAAACUCCGACACAAGAAAACCCACGGGAUGCACAUCAACCAGCUGCUGGUGACAGUGGCUGGCUGGCAACGCCUCACCCCCAUCACUGUGGACAAGGUGGGCGUAUACUUCCGAUAUACCGAGCCCGACAAGAAGACACCCACAGUCAGCACGCUUUACCCAGCAUGCAUUGUGAUCGAAGUGAAGCAGGAUGGGAGUGCACGGAAGUUGAUUGUGGUGCGGUCGUCCCUCGUUGUGGUCAAUCAGCUGGACUGUCCACUGCAGGUUAGGAUGACCAGCACGGAUGAGACAGAGGUGACAUCCUAUGCUCUUUCUGCAUAUAGACAUGCAUUGUCCGCCACUGAACCUACAGGCUCCAAGUCUAUGACCCUGCAGCGGAAUGUCCCCACCCCGGUGCCCCUGCCCCAGGUGUACUGGACGCUGAAGGCUCGGCCGGCGGAGUGGCCAGUAGACUACUGUGACCGUCCCCUACACUGGCGACAGGUCAUCAAGGCCGGGGAGUUCAGUGAUGGCAUUCGAGAGUGUAAGAGCAACGAUGGUGCUGGGGAAAUGUACAGGUUCUGUGUGUCAGUGCGGAGGGAGCUGUACCCCGAAGUGAUCACCCUGGAGAAUGGUAGCACCUCCACCCCCUCCCUGCCCGGCCACACCAUCACCCUGGUGCCCCCCCUCACCAUCACCAACCUGCUGCCCCUGGAGAUGCACUACUACCUGAAGAAGACCGACAUCUCGGGGAACCUCAAGCCGGGAAAGUCAGCAGCACUGCAUGGGGCUGACCUGCGCCAUGACCUGCUGCUGGGCGUGCACCUGGAGAACCUCCCCCAGUGCAAGGAGCUGACCAUCCCCCCCAGCACCACCAAGUACAGAGUCAAGCUGCGCGUCUACGACGACAAGAAGAGGCUGCUGGAGCUAAUCCUCAGGAUCAAGUCUGCCAGAGGAGGAUCUCUGCAGCUGAGUCUGCAGGCCCCGUACUGGCUGGUGAACAAGUCCGGUCUGCCGCUGAUAUUCCGACAGGACAGUGCUCGGGCUGAGGCGGCCGGACAGCUGGAGGAGCAUGAACUGGCUCGCAGUGUCACCCCACUUCUCUUCAGCUUCUCGGACAAGGAGGCUCCCAAUCUGUGCACCAUGAGAGUUGGCAAAUCUGUCCAUGGAGAGAAUGCUCUCCCACAGUGGUGUAAGCGUUUCUCCCUGGAGCGAGGGAUCGGCAUGAGACAGCUCCACAUCGUGCCACGACACAGCAACAGACCUGACUGGGUGUACAACAUCGGUAUUGAAGUGAGCCCCGGCCGUGGGAACUACCGAGACACCAACAUUGUAACCUUUGCUCCUAGAUACGUCAUUGACAACCAGUCACAGAGAACGCUGGCCAUUGCCCAGAAACACUACACAGAGAAACAGUUGAGCUCGGAGGAGUACUUGACCGCCCUGCCCAGCUGCAAGCUGCCGUUCCACUGGCCGCGCCAGGACCUUGACCAGCUGCUGUGUGUCCUCAUGCUGGACACUGGGGGCUGCAACUGGUCAGGGGGCUUCCGGAUCGACAAGGUCAACUCUUUCCACAUCAACAUGAGGGAUGGUCAGGGAGACUGCCUGCUGCUGAAGGUGGAGGUUGUCCUCCAGGGACCGACAUUCUUCAUCAUGUUUGCCGAUGCUGACAUCCAGCCACCCCCGUUCCGACUAGACAACCUGUCAGAGGUCCCUGUGUAUUUCAACCAAGCAAAAACAAACCAAGCCAAGUUCCGCACCCUCCUGAAGCCACAUUCCAGCAUGUCGUAUGCAUGGGAUGAGCCAACUCUGGAUCCGUUCCUGACGCUGCAGAUCCACGGCGGCCAGUCUGCCGACUACAACAUGAACAAGCUGGAGGAGGAACAUCAGCUGUGUUACGAGAACUUCCUCUAUCUGGCAGUCACAAACACCUUCGACAUGAAUUGGAAGGGUCCGGAGACACACCUGGUCAUCGACUGUGUCCAUAACAACAAUCUCGUCUUCAAGAGACAGGAGAACGGGAAGAGAAGUCAGUUGUGGCGUAUGACAAGCUCAGGGAUGCUCGAACAUGAGGGGUCAAUGCCACCGCGUGACCCCCAGAAGAAGUCGACGACGAAGCCCAGCCCUGGACUAGUGUUGGACAUCGGGGACAUCGCACCCCAGCCUGGAAGAUGUGUACCACUGGUGCUGAAGAAACCGGAUUUAAGGAGGAAGUCUACACAGACAUGGAGGUUUACUGAGGAUGGUCGACUCUGCUGCAGUGCUGGAACCCUGUGUGUCCAGUCAAUAGAUGGAGUCCGAGGACUGCAAGAUGGUGCCAUUGCUGUGCUGGGUCCCUGGAAGUCAGAGGGUGAGAGUGAGGCUUCAACGUCGACGCCGACGCCGACGCCGACCCCACCCCACAUGCAGAUAUCUCGCAGCAAGCUCCGCCCUGGCUCGGGAGUGCUGGUCAUCAGGGCGACAAUGGAGGGGCCUAUCCGUGUGCUGCAGAUCUCUGACAGACAACAGACAAGUUUAACCAAGAGGACCAUAGGGGAGUGGGAGGUCUACGAUCACGCACAGAACGGCAAGAAGAGUCCUGGGUCACCAAAGGCAGAACUUGUGCCCAACCAGAACAUUGAGGUCAUUUUCAACCUUAAAGGAGGACUUGGGGUGUCUCUUGUCAACUCUGUACCUGAGGAACUUGUCUAUAUAUCCCUCUCCAACAUCACCGUGGAGAUGACCUCCAGAGUUGACCUGAUGACCCUGGACCUCAGUGUGGGAGAAGUUCAGAUUGACAAUCAGUUCCUGGGUGCCCAGCGGCGCGUGGUGAUGUAUGUGACACCAAUUUCCCGCAAGGACGUUCCUGACAACACACCAGCUCUCCACAUCACAGCUCACAAAGUCCCCAGCACCAAGUGGAAUGCCGACAUAUUCAAGCACUUGUAUGUGUCAAACAAGAGGAUGACGGUUCAUUUGGAGGAGAUGUUGCUAUGGAAACUGAUUCAGUUUUUUGGCUACCACAAAGCUGAUGCCAAUAUUCAAACACUGGAGGACAGUUUCGACACACACAGAGUGCUGUCUGCGGCCACCUCUAUCCAGGCCAAGCGGUACUACUUUGGUGCCCUGAAGCUGAACGUCAGCCGCAUCACUCUCAGCAUGGUCACCACAAGUAAACUGCCCCCCGAACUCAAGGCCAUCAAACACGCUCAGUCCACCACACUCGUAGCGUUUGAGGAUGCCAAAGUGGAUCUGGAUCCCUAUGUGAGGAGUCAUCCGUUUGAGACCAGUUCCUUCCUCAUCAGCGAGAUCAUGAGCCACUACACAGAGGAGUUGAAGAGCCAAGCUGCCAAGAUCCUUGGCUCUGUGGACUUCCUGGGCAACCCCUUGGGGCUGUUCAACGAUGUGACGGAGGGCAUCUCCGGUCUCAUCAAGGACGGCAAUGUAGGGGGACUCCUCAAGAAUGUGGCUCACGGAGUGUCAAACUCCGCUGCCAAGGUGGCGGGGUCUCUGUCAGACGGCCUGACCACAGCCUCCAUGGAUGAGAACCACAAGGAGACCCGGGACCUGAUCCGCCAGCAGUCCUGCUCCACCGGGGACCACCUGAUUGCCGGCAUGAAGGGCCUCGGCUACGGCAUCUUCGGUGGGAUCACCAGCGUCUUCACUCAGCCGAUAAGUGGCGCCAAGGCCGAGGGCGUGGAGGGUUUCUUCAAGGGAGUCGGGAAGGGCGUGAUCGGCACAGUCACCAAGCCAGUUGCCGGGGUCUUUGACCUGACGUCGGGUGUGGCCAAUGCUGUCCGGGACACGAGUCGGAGCUCCUCUCGGCAACUGCCUCCCCGGGUACGACACCCCCGCAGCUGCCAGGGCCCGGGGGGACUUCUCCCAUCAUACUCCAGCCAACAGGCAGAGGCCCAGCGUCUCCUGUACUUGCUCAAUGACAACGACUUCUCAGAAUUUCCUAUCGCCCUGGAGCAGAUGCGUGGUCAGGCACACAAGGACUCCCUCCACGUCCUCAUCACCUCCAAACAGGUGUACUUCCUGCGCAAACCGUCCGGGCAGGAGGACGAUGUUGUCCUCGACAUCCUACACAAGGACCUCAUUCGCUGUAAUGUUCAGGAGGAUCCUGUGGGCCGGCCGAUUGACCCCGCCACGGGUAAACCCAUCCCCAAGCGCUACUACAUCGAGCUGAGCAUGAAGGCCGACAACGGAGGAUCUGCAACAUCCGACAACAUCAAGCGGCCGCAGGUGCGGUGUGAGCGUCACAGUGUGGCACUGAAGGUGACCAAUGAGAUCAACUAUGCGAAGGGCUUGUAUGAAGAGGUUGUCCACACUCUGCAGCCAUUCCCAUCAACAGACGACCUGGAAUUGUGAUCUCACACAGAGCCUGGUUGACACUGUGUCAAAGCACAUGUGUAUUAAAUCCUAGUAUUUUGCAAUUCAUCACAAGAUGGCACUGAUGUAUGACAUCAUAACAUAACAGCUGUCACAGGAGAAUGUGUGAUGCCGUGUUAUCCACAGAAAUAUGCUUCAGAUUGCUGGGGCAAGGUCAUUGAUUUCGGGGGGAAAAAACAAUACCCUGAUGUGUGAAACAUGUCCUGGCCCUAUGUUCUUGAAAACAGUCCCAGGAAGUGGGUAGUUAGUCUCGUCAUGAUACACAGCAGUGUAACACUCAUGUCAUGACGACGUCUGAAUCUAGUCCUUGCGUGACAUUCAGUAGUAUCACCUCCUACCUCCAUGACAUCAUAUCAUCCAAAUAUGUGACAAACACCCAAUGACAUUGUGAUGACAUCCGAACACAAGGACAACUGACAAACACACCCGAUGACAUUGUGAUGACAUCCAAAACCAAGGAUCUGUGAUGAACACACCCAAUGACAUUGUGAUGACAUCCGAACACAAGGACAACUGACAAACACACCCGAUGACAUUGUGAUGACAUCCGAAACCAAGGAUCUGUGAUGAACACACCCAAUGACAUUGUGAUGACAUCCGAACACAAGGAUCUGUGCUGAACACACCAGAUGACAUUGUGAUGACAUCCGAAACCAAGGAUCUGUGAUGAACACACCCAAUGACAUUGUGAUGACAUCCGAACACAAGGACCUGCGAUGAACACACCAGAUGACAUUGUGAUGACGUCCAAAACGGGAAAACAUCAUUAUGAAAACAGGUCAUUCCGAAACCUAGAUUCAGCCUGGCCGUUGUUGUUUCUGCCACAAAUGUGAAUCAGGUUUCUUGUAGUUUGUAAUGGAAACGAACACCAAAAAUGGAAACAAACUAAAAACAGAACCAGCUUGUUACUGCUAUGUAGUUUGGUUUCACAAUUCUCAUGUAAUAGUAAUUUUAGAUACAUUUUGAGUAAACUGGAUCUAAUGAAAACAGUUUUGAAAAGAGUGAACGCCAUCUGAGAUGUGGAAAUAAUACCAAUUCAGGAAGUACUCAACAGCAUUUAGUUAUGUGAUCUUCCAGUGUAGCUACUGUACAGGACUUGGUAGGUCUGUCGUGAUUUGAUGAAUGAUAACUUGUAUGCAAUGUGUCUUUGAUAACCAGGUUCAAUGGUCGAGAUACAAUUGACUAUCCCUGCUUAAUAGACAGAUUGCUGUCAGUUGUAUUGUUGAAGCGUUUAUGUUAAGGGAGGUAACUCUUGCAGGCAGCUUUGUAGUCACUACCAUUUAGUGAUGGGAAUAACUUGGUGGGCAGUCGUAAUGUUAGCCUGUGAUGUAGUUUUAAGUAAUAAUAAUAAUAAUAAUAAUUUUUAAAAUAUAACAAGAAAUAUGCAUAUGCAGUGGAACCUAGUUAACUUUUAGUUGUUUUAUUUCUUUUUAUGUUGUUAAUCUUUGCAGUCUAGACAAAAUCCACAUCAGCAAUAUUGCCUAGACUGUGGUAUCAGGGUCCCUUAACGUCAAAGCUGAAGCAGAUCUAUGGCCAACGUGAAGCAGUGCAGAUGAGAAGGCUGGAUUGAAUAUUCUGUAUGAAACAAGAAGUGUUUUGAUUCUCAUCCUACAGCAGCAGUGUUUAGUGACUGACAAUAUAGGACAUCAGCAAUGGGAUAUCGCUGCAAUUUGAAAUUGAGGUAAAUAAGUAAAAGAAUCAUUUUGAUUUGAAAAAUAACUAUUUUAGGAAAGUUAAAUACUCUUAAUGCAUCCUUGACAAGGAGCUUCUGUAUGAAAUUCAGUGAAUGAAAUAUGACAACAUUAACACAAGCUUGUUAAAGAUAGCCCUCCUAAAUGAGAGAGAACAAAUAAAAGAAUGUGAUGUAAUAACAGUGUUUGAAAUAAGCUUGAAAGCCAUGUUUUUGUCAUAACCUGUAUCUUUAAACUGGAGAACAUGGUGGGGGAGGGGGUCCUUUGAUUCAAAUACUAUAGCCACAACCUCCGAAAUGCUGUCAAUUCCAGCACUAGAAACUAUGGUUAUGUUAGGUUUCAAAGUGUAAAGAAUUAUGCUGAUGUUCAAAGAUAAGUCCAGGCCAAGUUAAUUAUUUGUUUUAUUUGUCCCCAAAUACCUGAAGGCAGGAGGGGUAAAAAUAAAUCAUUUUAUGAUACGAACACUCAGUGACUAAAUGUAUUAUUGAAUUGUCACUAUUAUAUAUUUCUUGUUUGAGUAUUAUUUUAUGGCUAAAACUGAUGAGAGAUGUGUAAACUAUGUAAUUAAGUUGAGCUGGCCUGUGAAAUAUUGUUUAACACUGACAUGCUGAUAUAAUGUCAGUGAAGGUUUACGAUGGCAUGGUCCAGUAUCCCAUGAAUACCGUCAUAUCACCCAGAUCCAUGCAUCCUAGACUAGACGUUGGUAAUGGUGACCCUAUAUCAUCUCCCUACCUCCCUACAUCAACAACACUGAGAGGGCUUUCAUUUGUGUGAUACAUGUAUAUUAUUCCGUUUGUAGGGCUGGCUAUCAAUAUAGGUCAUGGAGGUCAAUAAUCGCUUACUAAAUAUUGAUCAAUUAUCCAUAAAUAUCGAAAGAACUUUAAGCAAAUGACAUAUUUAUGGAUGGAUUACUUUGUUGAUAUUUGAGAUACAACAAAAACACUUCCGUCUUCGACAAUUUCCAUUAUUCACAAUGACAAGUCGGUAAAUCUAAACUUUUUUUUAUAACAGUUUAUGUGAGUUAUUAUCGAUGAUAACAGUUUGAUUUCAAUAAAUAUUAAUAUUUCCAUCGGCGAUAAUUCCGAUUACCGAUCUUUUUAGCCAGUCGUACUAGUUUGUAUAAAUGGAUUUGUUCCAAGUAGACGGGAGUCAUGUUGUGCAUAAUGAUAUUGUGAUCUGUAGAUAUAUACAUAGCGUUGUACAUAGAACUGUGUGAAGAAGCAUCUUACACUUGUAUAUAUGUCCGUCAGUAUUGUGUGGCUACUUAAAUGUGUGUGUAUAUAUAUAGCAUAGUAUUUAUUAAUGGUAUUUAUGAAGGCAAGAUUGACAUGGAUUUCUAAGAAUGAAACAGGUUGGUAUCCGUAAAUAUAUCUUGUCUUCAUACAGCUUCUGAAGCCGCUUAACUAUACCACUCAAAACAAGUUAAGGAACACCAACAUUUGAAAAGCUGUGUGUUGCAAUACCAACAGCCAUGACAGAUUAACUAUAGUCAUGUGAAACAAUUGGUGUUGUUUCACUACUUUUGAGUGGUAUAUAUACAUGUCUAGAUUCAACAAUAAUUAUGUGAUGAAGCCAUGUUUCUGUGAUUUUGAAAAUGGACAUUUUGGGCAUGUAAAAUUGAAACAAUGAAUUUUGGAAAUAUUGACAUAGUGCGAGACUUGUAGAAGGCUUCCACUUGUCAGUAUGUUGUUAUUCCCACCUUUAAGUGAGGCCCAGGAACCCCAAUGGUUUGUCCAGCCCUGGCCUGCAUUGUGCCAAGUUCCUGGUAUUAUUGCCAGUCAGCGAAAUGAUGAGGCUGAAAGCCCACAUUGUAUGAUUAUUUAGGUGUCUGUCUGUUUUAGCAUGAGAGAUGGAGGUAACCCAUCAUUGUGGCUUCAUCCUGAAUCUAGUGGAGAGUUUGUUCCUUGUAGAUGUCAGCUCAUUGAGAAUAGCAUGACCUGUUUACAUUCCAUAGUGUAUAUACUUAGCACGACCGGAGUUCUAUUGUAGAGGGAGCUGUAUUGGGAGUAAAAUCCAGUAGGGAACACCAAAUAUAUAUGAUCCUCUCUCAAUGCACUCUAGGGGCUCAGGGGGCCCAGUUAGCAGAGAACCACACACCACUGUUCAGAGUUUGGGCCCAGAGGUAUACCAAAAUUCAAUUGGGUUUGAAUCCCAAAUUUGCCUUUGUUAUGAUUCUUGGUUUGCCAGUGCCAACCCAUGCUCAGGGUAAUGUCCAAGCCAUGGCGAACUUUCCUCCCACAUCACAACACGCCAUCAUAACUGAAAUACAUGACAGAUUAAUUAUUGUAAUAUACAUAAUCGGGUACCCCGGGUAUUCUUUAUCUUCUUUGGAGUAGUAUAUUUUUUAAUCAUGACAUUCCCAUGGAUACAAAAUAGUCAAAGUAGUGUGUUGAGAAAAAAAAGAAAAAGCAAUAUUUGAAAGUAAAGUGACCAUUCAUCCUAUAUUUUGGUGCUGUUCACUCCCCAUCCACCCCUCUAUGAUACAUGACCGGUCCCUCGAUGAUAGAAUGCCAUGUUUUGUUAUAUGCAUAAACCACAUCUGUCUUUCUACGGAGUCUUUUAGAAGUGUAUUGUGUUCAGAUGGACAAGAUGCUUGAAAUUGAUAGCAUAGGUGUUGUUUAGAGCCUUGGUUCAAGAAUAUUUGUCAAGAAAUGCCUGGCGACUGUUUCAAUACACUGACCAGGUUGAAGGCUACUGAACUACCAGGUAGAAGUGUAUAAAUGUGACCUGAUCAAGUUGGGUUCCUGGUAGACUGGCAUCUUCUCAUGGUGGAAGGAGACAUUCAUUAUGAAAUAUGCACUCAUCACUCAGGAUUAUCUAGAACACAAGUGCCAAUGUGAUUAUCAUGUUUUGUUUGUAUAAAACUGAGUUUUAUCAUUUGUAUAUUGUUUGGUGUUUGAAUUGUUUUUGCUCCUAGUGCAAUUAUAUGUGGACAGUUUACUUGAUUGUUGUUAGUUUUGCUUUUUCUCCUGGGUUUGUAGUGAUUUAUUGAUGUGACAACCAUGACAGGGCUAUUACAUUGUGGGGCUUAGGGUGGCCACACCUCACUCAUGGGUUUGAAUCCCAGAUUUGCCCUGAUGACUGCCAGCAAAUUUUGACAUGAAAAGUCUAUAUUCCAAUCAGAGGUUUCAAACCACAAUCACCACCUAUGAUUUUAAAAAGCUGAUUUGACACCUUCAUCCUAUCAGAAUUGUAAAUGUUUCGUAAAGUUCUUUCGCAGUCACUGUAGGUUGGCAUUUUAAAAUGAGGAUAUACAAUUACAGAUUAGAUCAUGCAAAUUUAACAUUUGAAACCUCAUGCUGUAUGUUCAGGUCCAAAUUCAAUUUUGCAUGGUCAAACCUCCAGAGUAAGACUGAGGUUUGUUUUUGUUUUAGCGUUUCCAGUCAUUCAGAAACUUUCUCUGAAAGAAGGAUCCAAACUAUUUUAGUUAUUUUUUCACAUCACCAUUUUUUUAGGACAUUCAGCAUUUCCACUGAACAACUUUACAUUAUUUCUAAGUUUAAGGAUAAAGGCAAACUAAUCAUUCCCUGAGUAACUUCAGAUCACUUUAGAAUUUUGAAAUGCACAAAGUCUAUAAUUGGUUUGUUUUUUCACUGCCAACACCAUCUCUGAAUUUUAGUCAUGAGGUGUGAAGCAGAAGAGCUUCGGUAUUUUCAGGCAUUAGGCAUUAGUACAAACCUGUUCCAUGAGGUAAGACGAGUUCUAUGGAUGAACAACUUCUUUAUUACAAUUAGUGCAACGUUUCGGUGUAGAUCCUAAGUGUGCUUGAUAAAGGUGUUAGGAUCUACACUGAAACGUCGCACUAAUUGUAAUAAAGAAGUUGUUCAUCCAUAGAACUCGUCUUACUUCAUCACACCAACUUCUAAAUGCCACUGAAAGAAGCUGUUCCGUGAGCACUAAAAAUACCAAAGAAUAAUCACCAUGGUUUGAUGAGGGCGUCUGGCAUUUAUGAGUAGCUGAAAAAUGUUGCCCAUUCCAUUUUGUGGAUAACAUCAUUUUAAGCUUAGAAAAUAGAACACAAUGUUUUGUCUUUGGUAUUAAUAGUAUUGAUCAUAAACCAUAAAUAUAUAUAUUUCUAUGGUAUAAAUAGUCAUCUGGAUUCUGAAAUAUUGAUGGACUCAGUCAUGCACAGAGGUAGUAGAACACAGCACAGACUUUGUCUUGUAAUCACCGACAAUUCCGAUUCAUAGUUUCGAGUUGAGGUUACAUUUACUUUCUUUCAAUCAAUUGGAUAAACAUUUUUCGAAGAUCUUUAAAAAUAUAUUUUUGUGCUAUUUUAGUAUUUGUUUGCUGUCAAAUCUGAUGUGUCCACAUGUUUGGGUUAUUUUACCAUCUUGAUGUUGAAAACUAUAGCAUCAAACGUAAUUAAAUGCUUUUUGGCAUCUUCUAGGACCUGCAUCACUUUAGGUUCUCUGUGACGUGAGCAAGGAAGUGCAUGUGGGUAUUUAUGCCAGCUGUAUCAUGGCUGCCUGUAAAUUGUCAAGCCUGGAUCAAGGUUGGACCAGGCAAGCCAGAGGUUUAUAGCAUGGGCAAUGAUCACCCGGUCAAACAUUGUAACCCUUGAAACUCACUGGUCUGCUGUUUUGGCAAGGGUACUGGGAUCUAUUCUGUCCCUGGAGUCCCUAAAGGGAACAUACUUGGGAUAGUUGGGAUCUCUUCUGCCCUGGAGUCCCUACAGGGAACACGCAUGGGAUAGUGGGGAUCUAUUCUGUCCCUGGAGUCCCUAAAGGGAACAUACUUGGGAUAGUGGGGAUCUCCUCUGCCCUGGAGUCCCUACAGGGAACACGCAUGGGAUAGUGGGGAUCUAUUCUGUCCCUGGAAUCCCUACAGGAAACAUACUUGGGAUAGUGGGGAUCUAUUCUGUCCAUGGAGUCCCUAAAGGGAACAUACUUGGGAUAGUGGGGAUCUAUUCUGUCCCUGGAAUCCCUACAGGGAACACACAUGGGAUAGUGGGGAUCUAUUCUGUCCCUGGAAUCCCUACAGGAAACAUACUUGGGAUAGUGGGGAUCUAUUCUGUCCCUGGAGUCCCUAAAGGGAACAUACUUGGGAUAGUGGGGAUCUAUUCUGCCCUUGAAACCCUACUGGGGACACACAUGGGGUACUGGGGAUCUAUUCUUUCUUGGAAUCACUAUGGGGUACUGGGGGUCUACUCUUGGAAUCACUAUGGGGUGGUGGGGAUCUAUUCUGCCCUGGAAUCCCUACAGGGGACACUCAUGGAGUACUGGGGAUCUAUUCUUCCCUGGAAUGCCCAUGGCUAUGUCAUGUGUUACUUAAUUCUUUGUGUAAAUAUCAUGAGAAAUUUUCACCUCGGGUAAACAAGAAAAAGAAAACUAACUGUAUGAGUAUCUGCAUCAGUUUUCACUGAAUGUGUUAUAUUAAUAUUUUUAUCAGAGGUUAUUUUCAUAAGACUAUUGAAAGGAUUUGUUUUUUUAUGAAGCAACAGCCUUCAGUUUUCUCUAGAAAUCUGUGAGAAACAAGUUGUUAUGUGAGUCAGAACGUGACACAACCUCGGAGCCCAAAACAGUAGCCCUUGACACUGUGUUAUUUUACCGGUAUGUUUUACAGGACCUUUUUUUUAAAAUACUGAAAGAAUAAUAAAUUAUUGUAUAUAAGAAUAUUAUAUUUUCUUUUUCUUUACAUUGUUGACCUCACAGAGUAAAAGAAAUAUCAUCUCCAUUUCUCACAGGUUUCAGUGGCUGGGAUUUAAGAUAUAUACUGGGUAUGAGUUAUCUAAUUCUGACCAUUAUUAUCUUAAAUUAUUUUCAGAAGCAAGUUUGUAUUUUUGUAAUCCAUUUAAAUCAGAACCUGUGGGUAAACUGAAAUAAUAUUUAAUGAUUUCUCCACUGUUUGCUCGUAGUAUUUGGUAUCAAAUCAAUCUAUAUAUAAACCAAACAAAUAGAAACGUCUUCUUUAUAAGUAAUAUUUUGUUUUAGGUAUCAGGUAUUCCUUUGCUAACAACACAGCACACAACUGCUGCGUCCAUGUAUGGUGAUUAUUGGCAGUUCCUCAUGUAAACAGCAUAUCAUCACAACCCUAGUUUUUUUGUAUUUCGUUGAAAUUGUUUAAGAUGAUUUUACACAUUUCCAGUUCAAAGUUGGAGAAUGUUAUAAUGCUGAUCAUGUCUCUGUCUAUUAUGAGGAUCAUUACCUGUCGUGUGGGAUGUUCCAGUCCAUCAGAGGGUGACCAGUAGAAAGUGCCUUGUAAAAUAAUGAUGCUUAAUCUUGAAUUUGUUUCAUACUUGUUCUUUUCUCUUUGAGCAUUUUAUUACAUCAUCAAACAUAUAUCAAUAUUUCUUAUUUUCAUUGGUAUUUAGCCACAGGUAUUGGAAACAAUUCAUGUUAAACUGCAAACUUAAAUAUUUGAGAUCUGAACAUGGGACAUACAGAAUAUCAUUAAAUUGGUUACCCUGGAGCUCUUAUGCAAGCCUUAUUAAAAAUGGUGCUGAACUUUCUUAUUUCAUAUAUGCACCAAGAAAAAGGCUAAGCACUGGUUAAUAUACUUUCUAAAUAUAGUGAAACUUUUCUUGACACAUAGCUUGUACUUUAUUUCAAAGUGACAUUCUGACAUUUAAUAUCAGUACUGAAACUUAAUCCAUUAAUUAAUAACUUGUUUUGCUUCUAUUCUGUGGCAAAAGUAGUUUGACUACCCCUUCAAUUGAUUGCACUGACUCUCUUGCAACAUUUGACAAUACUUAGUCCUUAUAGCUAUCUCAAGAAACAUGAAGUGUUCUUUUCAUAGUUGAAAUAGGUCUCGGUGGUUUCAAAACCAGAUCAGUGUCAUGUGUGGAUAAUUUAAAAAAUAUGCAUGGAUGUUUGCAUAUGAAAAUAAGGAAGGGUGGUGUAUAACGUUGUUCGAUGGGUAUAUAAGAAACAAAUCUUGUCCUUUAACUUCUAUGAUAACCUACUCCAUCAUUUAUUGGGUGCAGUUGGGAUAGCCUUGGAUGUUGCAUAAAACCGCCAGUUUCAGUUGCCAUCUGCUGUAGGCCUUGUGUUCCCUCAAGCGCCAUUGUCCACUAGAAUAAAGCACCCAGGAAUGGUUGUAGUUAGGUCGCCCGAGAUGGGAAACUCUGGAAUUGCAAUACUAAUCCUACUCUCUGAUGUAAUGUGAUGUGUGUGACAAGGGAGCAUCAGCCAGCUGUUCCGUCACUUUGUGAAGAGUUGUUGUUUGUUGUUAAUUGUUUGUUGUUGUUGUUGCUGGUUUCCCCAACAAGCUGGGUCACACAGGUAAGCCUCUCUAUGAUCAAACUUGGUAAUAAACAGGGGAAGCCUGCUUCCAUCGC